AUGGCUCACAUUGUGGCUGUGCUCAUCUACGGCUGCGUUAUCCUCAUCGUCUUUCGCCAGCGCAUCAGCGUCGUUCUUAUCACGAUGAGCGUCAUCGUCACCAUCAUCAUCAUCAGCAGCCCCAUCCCCGGCAUGAGCCAGCGCCUCGUUCGUCAACUCCUCCUGGACGAUAUUGUGCACAGAGGAGGCCAGGUACAUUUGAUAGCUACCGGUGAAGACAACACGCCCGUUACGCAUCACAACGAUGUGGUCGGCACGCGACAGCACGUGCAGCUGGUGUGUCGCCAGCACGCGUGUCUUGCGUGCGAGGACGCCGAGCAGCACGUCCGCCACGACGCGCUCGCCGACGUGGGCGUCCAGCGCGGAGAGCGGGUCGUCCAACAGGUACAACUCGCGGUCGGCGUACACCGCACGGGCGAGGCUCACGCGUGCCUUCUGCCCGCCGCUCAGGUUGAUGCCCUUCUCGCCAAUCUCUGUCUGCAUCCCGCUUGCCAGCAGCUGCAGGUCUGCCUCCAGCUGGCACACGCGCACCACCUCGCUCAGCCGCUUCGGGUCCUCCGCGGCGAAGAAGAGCACAUUGUCGCGCAGCGUUGCAUUCAUGAUCCACGGCUGCUGCGGUACGUACGCCACGUUGCGGGUGGCCCACACGUGACCGUGCGUCACCUCGUACUCGCCCAGCAGCGUCCGCAGCAGUGUCGACUUGCCGCUGCCCGUUGGACCGAGUAUGACAGUGAGCUUCCCCUUCGGCACCUUGAGGGAAACCCCUUUUAG